ACCGAGAGAGGACCACGUUGGAAUUUUUACUACGCAUUAUUCAUAUUAUUUGGACGUUUUGAUUCGCAAAUAAUGGUGUGAUUAGACUAAUAUCACGUUAUAACAUCCCGUGUUGUUCGUAGUGAUCGUGUAAAUGAACGAUAAGUGAUAAUAACAGUGAUCAUGUACGGAAGAAUCGACGAAAAAUUUUCUAACCACGCCGACCUACCUCGGGCUCGAUGAAUGUUUAUCCGCAUGUUGAACUGUGCUGGAAACUCUCGUUCGACCUCCACUUCGGGAGCCACUUCAGGAUGCCGUGCCGAAGAAUGGAACACCGACGAAGGAAUCUUCGAAAGGAUGAAGAGCUCUAAAUUCGAGCUAAUAGUCGCAGAACGUGGUGGGCGGUAUGCUGAGUUCCAGAUUCUUCAAGGGCAAAGAUACAACGGAAUACAAGAUUACAGAAGAAACAAUGCUGGAACCGUUUGUUUUACGUCCCCCUCUUUACAACCUUGUUCGAUCAACGGGAACGAGAGAGAAAGAGAGAGAAGCGUCACUUUUCCCGAUCGAUAAAUCAUCCGCCCAAUCCGAUCGAUCUUCGCCUCGUGUCGACGACUUGAAAACGGGACCAUAUCGUGGAACAAUACGUCGGAUGGAACGGCUCGGCUCGAACGGAUCCCAGGGGAUCGAGUUUGGACGAGGUUCGAGGUCAACCCUGUGGAAGUAGCAGCAACGGGUGGAUGGCGAAAGUAUUUCUUCUUAUCUUAUUUCGAAGAGGAAUACGUUUGGUUUUAUCGUGGAUUCGAGAUGAAAGGGGAGGGAAGGGGAGGGAGAUUUGCGUAACAAGUUCCAGGAAGUUGAAAGUUCUCGCGGAAGAUGAGAUGUGAAUUAACUUGUAGAGGUAUAGAAGACGCGUGUUCACGUGUCUUAGGAUCCUUUCUAAUUCGAUUUUAUUUAUCGCAGGGAAAAUUUAAGCAAUCUAAACGAAUUCUAAUAUUUAUCAAAUAUGAUCUUUCUUUCGAAAUUUUCAUCCAUUUCGUUAAACUCGAUCCGAUAAAUACCACGACGAAUAUAAUAAAUAUUCCACUUAACGCGCUCCUGCAACCCUCUCCUCCCCCGAAAAACCGUGCAAGAGUCGGUCGGCGACAAGAUGAUGCGAGCGCAACCACGAUCGUGGAAGCGAGCUGGAACGAGCAGGCGUGCACACACUCUGCUCGAGGACGGGCAGCAGCGGAGGCAAUCGCGAGAAAGCAGGAAGGUCGCGGAGUCUCGGGGCCCCAGCGGUCGAGACCCCGCAGGAAUGCAACGGCGGCUCGAAUUAAUAGAUCGAGGGACCCGGGCGAAUUUAUCCGCUUCGUGGCGGCGAGUUUAAAAGCGGCGCGGGUCUCCUUUGCAUCUCGAUCUCUCCUCGCGGUAUACGGGGAGGGGGGCGUGCGCGGGGGCCCCCGUGUGUGUAUAUAUGUAUAUAUACACGUUGGAACGUACAGCCAUCGUGGGGGGAAAGAGAGAGAAGCCUGGAGGAGAAGAGCGGACCGUUCAACAGCCAACCGGGAUAUGUGGCCGCGUAUAUACGUUCCACGCGAAGAAAAGUCCCCGACUGGACUGUUCGAGCUUGCCUCUUCUUCUUCUUCUUCUUCUUCUUCUUCUUUGUCGCGGCCUUUCUUCCACUCCUCUCCACUCCGUUGUUCUCUCCUCCGCCUCUUUUCUUUCGCUCGUCCUCUUGUUGUUUCCGCGAUGGUGCCUCGGAUGGUGGGACGAGUAAAGAGGGAGGCCAAGAGACCCUCUGGUGAUGAGUCCAGACAACGGUUGGAUAACGGGGAAUCGUAUUUAGAUAAGAGAGCGCGGAAAAGAGCAUUGAAAAAUAUUCGAAUCCGAGGAGAGAGAGAGAGGGGCCCAUUAAGCGUCGUGCCACCCCGGCACGCGCGGCUUAACCGAUAACUUCCAUAUAAGAAAUGUCCUCGCAAUUAAGUAGCGGUGUCGCUUCUGUCCGAGGGCAGAGGAACAGAACCUUUAUUGCUCGUUGAUAAUCCCGUGUUGUCAUAUAGUUAGGUUUAAUUGUUCCAAAAUUUCUUUCCAAGCCAAGUUUCAAUUUGAAGCUGUUUGAAAAGCUCCAUACUUGAUUACAGAAUAAUUGUUCUUUCGAGGGGAUCAAGUUUGUCGAGCUUCUAUUGUGAUAUAUCUUUUUUAAGAAUUCUCCUAUCGCGAGAAUAAUCCUAUCGCAACAUCUAGAAAGAAGCUUCGAAGUGUGAGGAAACGAAAGCAGAAACGUCACGAAAGAGGAAACGCUGUAUGUAGAAACGCGUAUAGAUGUUCCAAAGACGAGAACGAGGCCGUGAAAAAUGGUGUAAUUUAAUCGAGCGAUUCGACACGGCAUCGCCACGACGUCCUUACCUGCCUAAGCCUCUAAGAGGUGAGAAAUGUUGCUCGUCCCGUGACCGAUGUCUACACACGGCGCUGUCACGCACUGACAUAUCGCUCUGAUAAAACCACGACCCGGCCAACGGUUUCUCCCUCGUCCUCGACAUUUAAGUAUUUCUUACACGGGGCAGCAGAUUCGAUAGCUAAUGUCCCGGACGUCUCUUGUAUGUAGAGGCGCAUCCUCUACGCUUUAGUGGCGAACACGACCUCAACCGUUGAACCCUGAGGAAAGAAAGAGAGAAAGAGAGAUGCAGAGAAGAAAGGUUUCCCCCGAACCCUGGCCAGAUCCGGUGAGAAACGAUUAAUAAUCAUCCCGAAGGCGUUGCGCGUGUGUCUUUUCACCACCAGGUUUCCAGCUUCGUGCGCUUCCAACGCGUGUAUACGCAGGAUUCGUGGGAUCUCCGGAAAGCGGACCGACCGGUGCUACGUGGAAAGGUAUCGCGCAUCCCUCACCCGAGACUUUCGCUUAUUAAUAAUCUUAUUAAUUCCCCGCUCGUUAGAUGGGACAAGGUUAAGAAUGGACUGUCACGGAAACGUAGAAAUAUCGGGUGUCGAGGGGAAAUAUUAGAUUGCUCUUUGGUAGAUCUACACGAUGGGAAACGCGUAUCGAGGCUUGGGAACGACUCGUUUCAUCCGUGUUAAAUGCGAAUCUUGCGUUGCGUGGAUUUUUAGAUUCUUUCUCCUUUUUUUUAAAUUAUUUUUGAUUUAUCUCCGCCUAUACCUUAUAACCGUUCCGUCCGCAAAAUUAUAUUCGUACGCGUGUUUCGCGAGAUGUCGAUCCGAUUGUGAGUACAGCUAUUCGAUAUUUCAUUAAAAUUUUUCUCUUCUCUUGCCUGUAUAUCGUAAUAAUUAUUUCUUUGAAAAAUUCAGAAAUUUUACGUAAAUUUUACGUGGUAAAUAUCGUUUUAUUGUAACGGAGGCUGGGAAUAAAAAUUCCUUAAAAAUUGGCCAUUAUAACAGGACAAUAUUCCAUAUCCCGCGAGUCGUUGUAUUAAUUUUCAAGUCGGCGAGGAUAAGAAUUUUCCUAAACUAAUUCGUCAACGUCAAUCGUUAACGAACCUCCUAACUUCGAGUCGGUGGGGAGGGGAUGCGCACGAAGAAGCGGGGGCGAGUUUUUCGCGGUCGGAUUGACCCACGCGGUCAAUAACAUUUCCGGCUCGAUCCCGUUUGAAACACUAGACGGGCCGGCGGUGUAGCAUUGAGUAAUGCGGUGCGGAGUGGCAGUAAUGAGGCGCAUUAAUAUGCAAUGAAAAUGUCCCUGCGCGGGCCGUGUUACUCGAGUGCGUGGGGAGUGUGAAACGCGCGAUACCGUCGAGAUAGUGAGCCAAUAUUAAUAGCGGCCCUUCAUUGUUCUACGAUACCGAGCUCGAGGGUCGGCUCCACGAAUCCCCCGUUUCUCGAUGUCUCGUUCCGUCCCGCUCGGGCACGCGGACAGAAAUAGAGAGGGGAGUUGAAUUAAGGACCGGCCGAGCGUUGCUGGCCGAGGGAAUGUGUACACGGGUGAGGAAUGACACGGGGGAAGAUUCGUCGAACGGGAACUAACUCGUGAAGGUGUAUUGGAUGGACGACACGAUUUCCAUUCCGAAUAUUAAUCUCGUUAAAUCUAGUCGUCUUUUGUUACCAACCUAACGAGCCAGAGUGACAUCUAGCGAAUUUGGAAUAAGAACGGUUACAUCAGGUAGAUGGCGCUCUUGACUCGAGGUUAGGUUUAUCUUUUAAUUUAAAUUUAAAAUUUGUCAAUUCUUUCUCUAUUUAUUUAUCUUAAAAAGAAGAAGAAGAAGAAGAAGAAAGGAAAGGUACGAGGAAAAUGUUAAAACUUGUUGAAUACUUCACGAUAUUGAAUAGGACAAUUUUAACUGGACAAGAGUGGAACAGUUGAGAAUCUCUAAAGGAGGGAAUCAUUUGUCUUGUUAUAAAAAUACACGCGAAAGGGAAAUAAUAUUAAACGCGUAUAUAGACGCAAAACACGGUGUUCGAACGAGACAAUGGAAGUGAAAGUGUAAUUGUCUUCGUUCGUAUAAUAUUCAUGCAACGUAAUACCGAACUAUUAGAACGAUCCUAAUACCAAUAAUCGCCAACCCCCCAUCUACAAUUCUCUCGAAUCGCUUGUCUCGUGUAAUCUAAGCCGAAAAAUCUCUCACGCCUCCACCCAUGCCUGCACAGACCUGAAACGCAUCAACCCGUCAAGAUUCACUAAACGAACAACACUCGUGUACGAAUCAUAAGCGGCCGCGAAAUAUGUGUACUCUGCGGGCGUAAUUAAUCCGAGGCCGCUUUUCUAUUACCCCCAGCAUGUCGGAGCGCGAAAAAUGCCCGGAGCAGAUCUGACGGCCGACGAUGGCCAGACACUCUUCUCUCGAGCGCGCUUACAAUUAGGAAACGACGUUCGCGCGCCGCGACAGGCAUGUAAUUAGCGAGGGCUCCAGGGCUCUGCAUAUUUCGAUGGUUGCAUAUCGCGAUGCUAUAUACCCGGCCACGGUAUACCCGCGGCUACCACGGCCUCUCCGUGCUCUCAGUGUCGGGAGGUGGAAACGAGAGGCCUAUACAGGGUGAAUCUUCUUAACUUUCGAUAACUUUCGAUAAAUAAUUCUAUGCAUGUUUCGUACAAGAAUCAUAAAAUGAUUUUCUUAGUUGUAAAUAAAGAUUAAUUUAUUCUUUUUAUUUAUACAACAUUUAUAUAUUCUUCUUUUACGUAAUAAAAAGACUUCUUCCUAUCGAUCAAUUUAAAUCUAUCCCCAUGAAAGAAGUCGGUUCAUCGAUUUUUGACAAGUAUCGGAAAAUUCAAAUUAAAAUAUUUCUAACGUGUAAUAUCUUUCUGAAAUCAUAGCAUCGAAUUUGAAAGAAGAGAAGAACGAGAAAAAAAAAGAAGAGAAGAGGAAAAUUGACGUUCAAGUAACAAUUUGUACGAGAAAGUUUCUUAUAGACUUACUGUUUCGAGUUAUUUUGACCACCCUGUAUGCAGCGAUGAUCCACGAGGUCGUACUCGCUCGCUUCCUCGCGGAAUGCGUUGCUCGAAUGAGAGAGGAGAGAAAGAGGGCGGCUUUCCGCGAGGGAUUUGGCACGACUCGGUCUCGCCUCUAAAUUAGUAAUUGCAGCCUCCGCGUGACGUGGCGCCCCGAUAAAAAGCGAAGGGCUGUAAUGCCGCGGCGAUACGAGGUCACGAACCACCGGCCAGGCUAAAGUGAAUACUUAUCCGUGGCGGGUCGCUCCUUUCGCCCGCUCGCGUGCAACCCGAGAUAACGCUUGGACGCCCCGACGCGUCCACGCUCGCGAACUCGCGUAAGAGACGUGUACCGUGCGAAGAAGGGGGCGUAAUCCGCGGCGACGUAGUAUUCCCACGUAGCGCUUUCACGAAUGAAUCGAGCCACGGCCUCGGCUGACCGCUCGCCCGAUCGGCUAAUCCCGCGGAAGCAAAGUAUCUUCGCCAUCUUCUCCUCUCGUGGAAUCGAUCGGUCUCUCUCUCUCUUCCUCUCUCCCUCUCGAAAUGGCGGAGACUUGCACUCCAAGGUUUACACGAGUCGGAGUCGAAAUGUACUCGCGCCAGUGGCGAGGCGUUUAACGUUUGAUUACGCGUGGAGGAGGAGAGGGUCGGGUGUCAUGGGAAAGACAGCGGGGUGCUUUGGGUUGUGGUUAUCGCGAUUUUAGCGGCUCGCUUCCGCGGUGGAUUUUCGCCCGUGAGUAUUGUCCGUGUACUCGCGUAAUGGGGAUUUCGUUAGAUGUAUACGUGUCUUGUAUAUGUGUUUGGGAUACUUUUCGAGGGGAUAGGUCUUGAUUGUGUCUGCUCUUUUUUAUUACUUCCCAAUAUUGUCCUUUUUAUUCCGCUAAGCUAAUCCACGAGUCUAUUUGUCAUUUUGAAAAAAAAUGUUUGAAAAUUUGUCUCUUGAAACGAAUUGAACUUUAGAUUCUCGCCAAGCCUUCGUUCAAAAAUCGGAGAGAAAGGAAGAAGAAGAACGUUUCAAUUAGACGAAACGUAAUAUUAAAAUCAAUCAAAUUCCUCGCAACGCAUCGCUACACCAAUUAUUAAUCUCAUCUUCCCAUCAAAAGAUCCAUCAAAAUUUCCCUCGCAACACUUCGCAACGGAUCAAUGAUGCGAAUCAAGCGACCUCGAUCACCUCGAUUAAUCGAAGAGCGAUUAAUUGAUAAAAGGGAGGGGGGACGGAGUGGCGGCCAUCGUCAUCAAGAAUGCACGGCAAGAAUGCGGCACUGGUGGCGAGAAAUGGCGCUGGCACAAACAGAUCUAGAAAUAUCCUUAACGGGAAUGCAAAUCUGGACUUAUGCGGCGUGUGUAGUAUCCUCCGCGUAGGAGGAGGGGGGAGGAGGACGUGGCUUCCCUCGAACGUCACCUUCGUUCGCCGAUCGUUAAAGUACGAAGUCACGUUCGCGUGCACGACUCUAAAUAUGUAGAUCCCCGAAGAUCUGUUGGGAGGCCGGCGAGCCCCUGAAUAUUCCGCAGGCAUCGCCGAAUUCCAGCCGGCCUCGCGCUCGAGAGCUUUACGAUGCACGAGCGCGGGGGUGGGGAGAUCGUUACUUAGCUGGUCGCGCAUCUGUUAUUCCAGAAAAAUUUACAAUUUACCGGGGAACAGUUAGCCGUGAUCGAUCGAUUUCGAAAUCGUAUUGUAAUAUCAAUGAGCGACUUUAUCCGAGAAGUAAUUAAUGAAGAAACGAGAAAGAAUUUUGGAUUUGAAAUCGAAGAGAAAGUUCUUCAGAUUCGAUAGAAUGUUGAGAAUGAUUAUCGAGAGAGAAAAAUCUAUUAUGAAUGUUGAGAAAUAUCCAAGAGAAAUAUAUAUUCCUAAGCCACGAAUAUGCAAAUUCUCAAAUGUUUAGGAGGGUGGAUGAUGAUGAGAUUGAACUGUAUAAAUAUAGGUAACUGGAUAUAAUAGUCUGACGAGUUAUCAUCGAAUUUUACAUUCGAUACCUCUGGCUACGGAGGAGGAUGAUGAUAUGUUAUUUGGGAAAAUACUCGAGUUAAUAUGCUUAAUGUAUAAUUUCAAUCGGGAUCUUCGAUUCGCGUUAAUUCAGGAUGAAAUCGCGUAAAUCAGAUAAAGCAAGUAGCCCGGUCGAGCGAUCUCCCCUACCCUGGGAGAAAUAAAGCUCGAGGCGGAGCACCGGCAGAGUGCUAUCUUCUUCGUGGGCACGUGCGAUCGGUCGACGCGAACAAAGUGCGAACAUUGGCUUGUAACCGUGGUGGAAUUCAGGCUAGUAACGGUGGAACGUAUUGCUCGAGGAAAGAUGGAGUGGAAGAGAUUUCAAAGGAUGUUUGAAGGGUUUUAUGGGGGUGAGAUGAAGUAUGAGGAAGGAAAGGAAGGCAGUUGAGAGCGAGCAUUUCGAUGAAUUCUUUGCUGGAAGAUUAUGAGGAUUGGAUGGAUUGGUAUGUGUGUGCGAGGGGAGAUAUGGGGGAAAGGGAAGAAACUUAUGUGAGGCAGGUGCGCGAGAUAUGUGCACUGCAUAGCGAGCGGGUAACAAGAACGACUUGCCGCGAAGACAAUGGUGAAUGAAGUGAACAAUGAGUUCUUGUUCUUCCCUAUCGAAAUUCAUCGAUCGAUAUGGAAUAUCAAUCUUACACGAUUUUUAAUUUCACUUCACAAAGAUCGUUUUAUCGAAUUGAAAUAUUUAAUUAAUGAUAUAAUAUAACUCGCUGGAUUAAUUGUCUCGAGACAAAGGAAAAAAGAAGUGGAAUUAAAUGGAGGAAUUAUAGAAGCUUUCGACGAUUAAUCUCGUCGAUGGUGAGCGAAAUAGAAGUACAAUAUGCAAGAAGGAAGGCGGACGAGUUCGAUGGAAGGAAGACCAACAGCAGUUGGGAGGGGUCGGGACGUCAAGUUUCGCGCUUGGCCACGUUUCAAACCUGCGAUCUGUGGCCCCUCAAACCCGGCAACGAGCAUUGUAGACGGCCGAUUUCAAUAACUCCGCUCUGCCUUUUAUUUAUUUUCCCCGGUUGGAUCUGCCCUCUUUCGAAAAAGAAAAAAAAAAAAGAAAAGGAAAGGAAAAAGAAAGGGCCUAGAGGAAAGGGGUGGAGUGGCCGCGUUAUAAACGCGGACACGUUAGCAUUAUUGCAUCUCGCGCGCGAAAACUCGAGGAUCGCACAGCGGCGAGGAUCCUUGCGAGCCUCGGGCACCGGUUUCGUCGUAGAUCAUGCCGUGGUUACGGCUACCGAUGGAUCGUAUUUUCCGUCCAGAGACCCUAGGCAAAUUUCUAAUGAACGACUCGUGACGGGGCUUGAGCUAUUCGAGGGAAGAGAUAUAUGAAGUUAAGGUGAAGUAAUGUGGGAUACGGUGGAGAUAUCGUGAAGUUUCGCGGUGGUAAUUGUAGAGAAUCGUCGGAUAUUGAAUGGAUUAUUGUAAUCGCAUCGCAGCGGGAAGUUUAUUUUUCCUAUUUUGAAAAAGCGGUGUAGAAUUAGUUAUUUGAGUUGUAGUCAUUACUUUAUAGGGGAUAUUCGAUAAACAAAUUAUGGAUUUCUUGUGUGUGGAAUUUGAAAUUGUCGAUCUAUAAAUAAAGAUGCGUCGAAUAAUCCAUCAAGUUGUAAGAUUAUCGUAAAAAA